AGUGUGGCGGCGGCUAACACCGAAAGAGGUUGUAACCGUAAUAUCGCGUCUAAGAUGCUAACAUGCUUGUCUUAUAUCAUUGCCAAAUAAACAAAGCGGGGUUCUACUCGAUGCCGUAAUCGCGUAACGACUAUUUGACAUUUCAGUAAAUUUCUUCUCGUUUUUCGAGCAGGAUUCACUCAUUUGGAGAUUAUAUUCAAGUUAACUUCAUAAUGUUAUUACGUUGGAUUUAUUUAGCAAUUCUUACAGAAUCUAUACAAGCUUUUGACUCGCAUUUUCGAGGACCUUCAUUCGUAAUGGAACCUCCUUCAAGACUCGAGUUUUCAAAUUCAAGUGGAGGAUGGCUUGAUUGUUCGGCUUCGGGAAGUCCUCAACCUUCAAUAGAUUGGCUUUCUGUGGAUGGCACUUCUGUUGGUGACAUAUCAGGUGUUAGGAGAGUGCUUAGAAACGGUACUCUGUUCUUACAACCUUUUCCUGCUCAAUCCUAUAGACAAGACGUUCAUAGUACUGUUUACAGAUGCAUAGCAAGUAAUACAAUUGGAAGAGUUAUCAGCAGAGAUGUACAAGUAAGAGCUGUUGUUACACAAACUUUUAGAGUGGACGUCGAAGUCAUAGGAGCGGCUCGAGGGUGUACAGCAGUAUUGAAAUGUAUAGUUCCAAAUUUUGUCAAGGAUUUGGUGAGAAUCAUAUCCUGGGUUCAAGAGCCUACAUUUUUCAUUUAUCCAUCACUACAAGGAGACGGCAAGUUUCACCAACUCCCCUCGGGAGAAUUACUCAUCCACAACUUGGAGUUCAGCGACCAGUUUCCCACCUACCGUUGCAGGACAAUGCAUCGUCUUAGUCGACAGGUCGUGGUCAGUAGUCCGGCUAACGUGAGGAUUACAGAGCACAGAGGCAUUGUUCCUCCGGUGAUUGUGGAAAAUUCAGGCACAGUCACCGUAGCUCAAGAUGAAGGGGCGGCAUUAAUAUGUAUUGCACAAGGAUGUCCGGCACCAGAGUACAGAUGGUACACUCAUGCAGGAUUGGAGCCUAGUCUCAUAAUUCCGGGCCCAAGACUUCGGCAAUUAGGUCCUGUAUUAGCUAUUGAGGCUGUGAAUAUUGAAGAUGGUGGUGUUUACCGGUGUUCAGCUUCGAACGCAGGUGGUGAAUCCAGUGCCGAAUUACGAUUAUUAGUCUCUACCACGUUACAUGUAGAAAUUUCGCCGCCGUUGUUAAGUGUUCACAUGGGCGGAACUGCCGAAUUCAGAUGUGUAGUUUCUUCUCAGAGCGGUGGGCCACAUUUAGUUACGUGGUACAAAGAUGGCAGACAACUCCCAAGUACAGGUCGAGGAUCUAGUGAAACCCUCAUUGUUAACAAUAUUGGAAGAGAAGAUAGAGGCAUGUAUCAAUGCAUUGUAAGACGAGCCGAAGGUGAUACAGCUCAAGCAGCUGCUGAACUCCAAUUAGGAGACGCUCCUCCAAUUCUCCUGUAUAGUUUCAUCGAGCAAACACUUCAGCCAGGUCCCGCUGUUUCCCUUAAAUGUAGUGCCUCAGGAAAUCCGACACCGCAAAUAUCAUGGACUCUGGAUGGUUUCUCAUUACCUAGCCAUGGAAGAUUCGUAAUUGGACAGUACGUAACCGUUCAUGGAGACGUCAUCAGCCAUGUUAAUAUCAGUCAUGUGAUGGUAGAAGAUGGCGGAGAAUAUAUGUGUACAGCAGAAAAUCGCGCUGGAAAAAGUUCGCACUCUGCAAGGUUGAAUAUUUACGGAAUGCCGUACAUCCGCUUAAUCCCAAAAGUCACCGCAGUUGCUGGCGAAACCCUUCAACUCAAGUGUCCUGUGGCCGGCUACCCGAUAGACGAAAUCCAUUGGGAACGGGGAGGAAGAGAGUUGCCAGAAGAUUUGCGACAAAAAGUACUCGGAGAUGGAACACUGGUAAUCAGUCCAGUGGAAAAAAAGGCCGAUUCCGGCGUCUACACAUGUUGGGCAAGGAACAAGCAAGGACAUAGUGCUAGAAGAAGUGGGGAAGUUAAUGUUAUAGUUCCUCCUAAAGUUAGCCCGUUCUACGCAGAAGAUACUCUUCAUGUAGGCGAUCGAGCUAGUUUAACCUGUUCCGUAACGAAAGGCGAUCUUCCUUUAACAAUAUCUUGGCACAAAGACGGACGGUCCGUUGAACCUGCUCAAAUGAUGUCCAUAACGCAGGUGGACCAAUUUACUAGCAUUUUAGUGAUCGAGAGCCUUUCUCCAGACCACAACGGCAACUAUUCUUGCGUAGUGAGAAACCUUGCAGCAGAGGUCUCCCACACACAGCAAUUGGUUGUUAAUGUUCCCCCUAUAAUUGAGCCCUUUUCCUUCCAAGACGGACUAUCAGAAGGCAUGCGUACCCGUACCGUCUGCGGUGUGAGUAAAGGUGAUCCACCCCUUGUGGUCUCUUGGCUCAAGGACGGUCAACCAUUGACGCCUAACCUCGGCGUCAACGUUUCAGCCCUUGACCCCUAUUCUAGCCUCCUCAGCAUUUCUAGCCUUGAUUCGAGACACUCCGGCGAUUUUACCUGCGUGGCCAGCAACCCAGCCUCAGAGGUUAGGUACACUGCGAAACUGCAGGUUAAAGUACCUCCAAGAUGGCUGGUUGAACCAGUCGACGUUAGUGUCGAACGAAAUCGACAUGUGGCUCUUCAUUGCCAAGCCCAGGGCGUUCCAACACCAACAGUUAUUUGGAAAAAAGCUACAGCUAGUAAAUCAGGAGACUACGAAGAAGUACGUGAUCAUAUGUAUACGAAACUCCUUGGAAACGGUACUUUGUUGCUUCAACAUGUCAAGGAAGAUCGAGAGGGUUAUUAUUUAUGUCAAGCUGAUAAUGGAAUCGGCACAGGCAUCGGAAAAGUUAUUCAACUAAGAGUAAAUUCAUCACCUUACUUUUCUGUUCCGACAAGACUGGUUACUGUCAAAAAAGGAGAUGCGGCGCUGUUGCACUGUGAUGUGAAUGGAGACAAACCGAUUAACGUCGUAUGGUUACGAGGCGGUAAAACUGAGCUCAAUCCAUCUACAAACUAUAGAGUUAACGUUAAGCAAGAUGUAACACCAGAUGGGGUAGCUGCAGAACUGCAAAUAUUAAAUGCAGACGCCAAAGAUAGCGGUGCAUACUUUUGUCAAGCAAGUAACAUGUAUGGAAGAGACCAACAAUUAGUUCAGUUAUUGGUACAGGAACCACCCGUUCCCCCUCAAAACAUUGAAGCAGCAAUGGUUGGUAGUAGAUCGGUUAAUCUUAAAUGGCAGCACAAAUCUGGUGACGCUCAGGAAGUUUUCAAAUUUAUUAUCGAAUAUCGUGAGAUGGAUCGUUCCUGGCACCAAAUAGAAUUGACAGAUUCUCCACUUCCUUUCACUGCCCUGGUAGAAGACUUGAAGCCAGCUACAAAAUAUACUUUCCAUAUAAUAGCUGAAGGACCAGCUGGUAAAAGUUCACCUAGUGAAGAUCUAGUGCUAAGAACAGAACCUCAACGUCCAGCUGGUCCUCCAUUAAAUCCUGGCACGAGGCCUAUUUCUUCUACAGAAAUUUUAGUAACUUGGUCGCCACCACUACCGGAAUUGAGACAUGGAGAUAUACAGGGUUUUAAUAUAGGAUAUCGCACUGCCAGUAUGGGAAGUUACAACUUCACCUCAAUAAACGGUGAUGGGGAAGACGGUGGCGAAAUAUUAUUAAGUGGACUACAGAAGUACACUCGGUAUACAAUCGUGGUUCAAGCAUUCAACGAAGUAGGGGCUGGGCCACUCUCGGAGCCCGUGACAGCACAAACGAUGGAGGACGUACCCAGUAUGGCGCCCGAAGAUGUGAGAUGUGCUGCUCUUACAUCACAAUCUCUUCAGGUUAGCUGGCAACCACCUCCUACUGAACACUGCAAUGGUCUACUUCAAGGUUACAAAUUAACCUACGAACCAGUUUUGGAUGAUACCUGGAGAGGUAAUGACGAAAUGGAGACAAGGAAAACAACUGCUCUGACGACCGUAAUAACGGGAUUGAGAAAGUUUACAAAUUACAGUUUACAAGUCCUGGCGUUUACCAAAGUUGGAGACGGAGUUCUAACAACACCUUCAUACUGUCACACCGAAGAAGAUGUACCUGGACCUCCAGCAGACCUGAAAGUAGUCGUUAGUUCGCCCCAAUCACUCAAAGUUUCUUGGUUACCUCCUACGGAGCCGAAUGGAGUGUUAACAAAGUUCAACCUCUAUCGAAGGAGUAUGGAUGGUCGAACUGAAGUUGAUAACGCGAGACAAACAAUUUCCAGUCAAAAUACUAUUUUUGAAGUGAAAAGUGUUCAAUCACACAUCGAAUAUCAAUUUUGGGUGACUGCUUCUACCAGGAUUGGAGAAGGACAGAGUUCGAAAGUAGUUUCGCAAGUUGCAACACCUCGAGUUCCUGCUCGGAUUAUUUCAUUCGGAGGGCUUAUCGUAAGACCUUGGCGUAGCUCUGUAUCGUUUAAUUGCGAAGCGGUUGGAUUACCAAGGAGGGAAUGGCUACGCAAUGAUCAAAUAUUGAAGGGAGGAGCAAACCAUAACAUCCAAUUAUUGGAUACGGGAGAGCUAAUUCUAUCAAAACUUCAAAUGGGGGAUGGUGGAAACUAUACGUGUCACGUUGACAAUGGCCAAGGUACAGACAGAAUAAUUUAUCAUCUAAUUGUGCAGAUCCCCCCAAUGGCUCCUCUUUUAUACGUCACCAGUGCAACUAGUAGCAGUGUUUUACUUCACUGGAAAGCUGGGAGUAAUGGCGGUGCUCCAAUAAGUGGAUUCACGCUCAAUUAUAAAAAAGAGCACGGAGAUAUUGAAGAAGUUCAUUUAUCAAGACACGCUACAAGUUACGAACUAAAAAGUUUGUCGUGUGGAACAACGUACCACCUCUAUUUGAUUGCUCACAACAAAAUCGGAAGUUCGCCAGCAAGCCAUCCGCUUCAGGCAAGAACUCAGGGUCACCCACCGGGAGUUCCUGCAUUGGCUUCUUUCAUUUCCCCAAAUUCCACUUCGGUUGUUUUACGACUACAUGUCUGGCCAGACAACGGAUGCCCUAUCUUAUAUUUCAUCCUUCAAUAUAAAAAAGCGACUGAUACACAAUGGACGUUAGUGUCCAAUGCAUUAAAACCACAACGAAGAACGUCUAUUACGGGUCUAACACCUGCCACUCAAUAUGUUGUCAAAUUAGAAGCUCAUAACGUUGCUGGAUUUGCGACUGAAGAAUUUUAUUUUAUGACACUCACAAAAGAUGGGGAUGUGCCACCUCCUGAUUUAAUGAAACAAGGGGAUGAUGAUUAUCCGUUUUACUCAGAUUUGAAAGUUAUCAUACCACUAGUUAUUUUACUUAUAGCAAUAAUUAUCUCUGCGAUUGGAGCAUUGCUCUGUAUGAAAAGACGUCACCAUGAUGCCGCUAAAGAACAAUUAGAUAAUCAGCAGAACGCUGAAGCUCAAAGAGAACGAUAUUACGCGACAAUUCAUAAGGUAUCCUUACAAGCUGGAGAAAAAAUACCAGAAACUUCAGAAGACAUAUCACCAUAUGCAACGUUUCAGUUAUCAGAGCCUAGCACUUUGCCACAAAAUACGAUGCUACAUAGUUUCAUGUACCAUGAACAUCCAAUAACUGAAGGUUGUGCAUCGCCUCCGCCUGCCACCUCAUCUGUUCAACGAAACUCGCCAUAUUAUAAUAUUCAAAAAUUCCAAAGUACAAAAGGGCACGGUCGAAGACGCGCCAAUAGAAAAACCGACGUGGAUAGUGACGAUAGCGAAUCCGAUCAAGAUCAAUUAACGUCCAGUCGAACUGAGUCUUCCAAUCAAUUAGAUAUGAAACACAAACAUAGCUUCCUUUAUCAUGGUGCUCAAUCGAGUACCUCGUCAGAUAUCUCUCCGAUGUCAGAUCAGAAGUCGCUUCCUCGAAGAAACAGAAACAGGUGGUUGGCUCAAGGUGGGAGGAGCAAUUCUCAUAGACAGAUGUUAAGUCAUCUUUCGGUCGCAGAAACGCCUUUUACUGAGAGGCAGCCAACAGAUCAGAGCACGCCCGACCGACCCGAGCUCAGUGAAGCAGAAUGCGACAUCGACACUCUCAAGAAAUUGAAACUAGGAUUAAGAUCUACCUUGUGGUCUAGACCUACUGCUGGUGGAAACGGCCAACCAACCGACUACUCCAUUGCGGUAUAAUAGAUUGAACAGAUCCUGUAAAUUCUUGCAAGUACAAUAUGUAAACCAUCAUAUGAAAUACUGAAAUGUGGGUCUCAAAAAAGUGUUUUUAGUACAAAAUAUGACAAGGUGGAAUAUAUUGCUGACAUAUUUAUAAUAAUAAUGUUUUAAAACAUUAAUUUCACGUUGGACGUAUCAUUCUGUUGCCAAUAAAAUGAGAUAUCGCACACUGGGAACGAGAGGGUCACAACUCAAAAAACUUGUUUUGUGGGAAAUUAAGGUUGAAAGUUUAGUAUAUUAUAAACAGCAAGAAAGUGACGAUUUUGUGAUUGAUACCCUCUGAAAUUUUUUGUGUACAACAAUAAUCCUUCCUCUCAUUAAUUCAUUACAUUUUACCAUUUAUUUGAGUUUGGAAUAAUAUUUGAAAAAUUUGUAUAAAAAAUAUUGUUACUUGUGACGUUGUAACUCCAUUUUUUGUUUGAGUUAUUACCAUUUAAUAAAUACAAAUUCAUUGAAUUGAUUCUCCAAAUUUUGUACUUCUUUAAUAUAGUUGAAUGUAAAAGUUAGAUAAAAAAAAUGUAGUUAAGUAAAAACGUUUUAUUGAAAAAUAUAAGUUAUAAUUUUUAUUAAAAAAAAAACCGUGUCUUUAACGUCAUAACUGAAACCCUACUCAAUUUUUUUAAAGUUCAAAGUUAUGUCGAUUGUAGGAUUAUUGAAAAUUAUCAUAGUCAUUUUCCAAACCUCUUGAGCAAGAUCUAAUUUAUACAAAUGGUUAUUCCUUGUUCUUGACAUUAUCCCUUCCGAGUUUGUCUUUUUAUGUCCUCGACAGUUCUCUCACAUUUCCGCCCCUACUCUCAGGUGACCAAUGUAUGCUUCUCAUCUUAGAGUUGGUCUCCUCCAUGGUGGUGCACAUUCCAGUAUUCGUUUUAGUCACCUAUAUUCUUUGUACGUGAAUAUACUAAUACAAUGCUCUGUUUUCUAGUUUCCUUAUUAUGAAGCAUUUUACUCGCAUUCGUUGUCAUAUUUCUGUAGAUCUUACAUAUCGAAUCUUGUGACUUGUAGCAACUCUCUCUUAUAAUCCAAUUUGAUCCAAUUAUUUUGUUUCCUAUUGUUAUUGUCAUUGGCCUUACUUCUGCCCCAUAUGAGGUUAUAUUCUGUAUUAUAUUUUGAAAUAUUUUUUACUAGCUUUCUUCAGUCAUUUCCAUAACUAUGGAGUGUUUUUACGGCUUGUUUUACUCGUGCUAUUUUCUUCUGUCCUUUUUACCUCUUUGUAGAUUUUCUUCAAUAUUUCUGGAGUCGUCACCUCAUUUGGUCGACCACUGCGAUGCUGGUCUUCGCAUUUCCGUUCAGCCUCGUUUAAACCUUCUACCCAAUAUUUUACUUACUGUUGAUAACGAACAGUAGAGUAGAAUCUAGCUCAGCUUUAUAUUGGUUGGGCUAAGGUCUUUUCAAAUAAAAGUAUUGUACCACAAUUUUUUCCAUGUUCACAAAUUCACUAAGAACGUUCAUUAUUUAUGGCUGCCAAACAAAUACUAAACAACGUGGCAUCUUCAAACUUGAAACAAAUGUAUAAAUUGUGUACUUUGUAAUACAGUACUCUCUUUUCAAACAACUACCGCCAUCUCUAAGUAAGGCCAGAUACUUCUGGAGCCAUUCUCGUAAUUGUUCAUUCAAGUGUAGAGAGAAACCAUGAAAUCGUGUUUUCUCUAUGUAACGAUAAAACUUGGGUAUACAGGUACACAGAAGAAAUUGAAUCUGAAAAACAGUAUUCAAUAAAAUGAGAAAUUAUUCUAGUAUAGAAUUAACAUAAGUGAAAGAUUUGAAUUCUGGUAUAUACGCUCUAAAGACAACCAAAUAAAAGAAGAGGUUAAAUUGUAAGUAGCAUUUCUUACUAGGAAUGUUUGGUCAAUAAAAAUUAGUAAUUAACGCAUUCAAAUACCUUGAUAAGGUCACAAUAGCGCUUUAAUACACUCGAUAAUUAUAAAAUAAAAUCGAAAAAAUGUUGCUUUAUGUAUUGAAUGAUUUUUUAAGUUAGGAAUGCUAAUUUCACUCCCUUACAAUGUGGAAGUUCACUUAUUUAUCCGUACUUACCAGUUCGUGGAUAUAUGUCCUGUGUCAGUAAUUAUCUAACUUUUCUUUUGUGAUCCAUAUAGUUUAAGCUUAAUGUGAAGAGCUUUAUUCACAUUAUUACUAUUAUUAAUAAUAAAGAAUUACGAGAAAUAGCCUCCAAACCCUAUGAUAUAUGAAAGAAUACUUGUUUAUCAAUAUCUGAAGUUUCUAAUAACAGAGGAUCCAAACUCCAAUAACUUUUAAGGUUUGAUUGUAUUAUAUUGUCCGCAUAUAUUUUGCCUCAUAAUAUUUUGUUAUAUUAUCAGAAAAUGCAUAAGAUUUCAAUAACAUUUUAUAUUGUAUCAAUAUUGAACUGAUAUUAAUUUUAGUUUUAUCCAAUUUUGUUUAACUUUAAGGUAACUGACAUCUAUUUUUGUAGCUCGAAUUAUUUUCUUAAUCUUUGUUUUUGAUCAAAGUUUAUCCAAUACUAGUUGAAAUCGUAUAAAACUUGAAAGCAUCCGGUAUUAUAGGCACCUUUCUUAUCUAAUAAGAAAAUAUCAAUAUUUUAGAUUAAUUGACUAUAUAGAUUAGAAAAUUUAGUUUCAGUUUUCUCCAACUUUUUACUUAUUUUGAUAUUUUUUUCGUUCUGAUAGAAAAACCGUUUAUUAUUACAGGUAAAAAAGAAACCAGAAGUUUUCACAAAACUGUUAAAAUUAUGUUACUAGCGAGCUUGUCAUUCUUGUAACCAAGUGAAAACACUAAAUGCAGAUGGGGACUAUAAGGCUGAUGAGAAAAAAUUUCUCAUUUGGAUAGAUUAAGGGAAAUAUUGAGUGCCACCGCAUAUUUUCAUGCAAAGAUCAAAAGUUUAUUGUGCCAGCAUGUACGAAAAAAUCAGUCAGAAGCACCUUCCUUUCUCAAUAGCCCUCUUAUAACAGUUACCGAUACAAAUUAUUGUAUUUUACUACUAUAACUUGUGCAUAUGAGUGUCAAGUCGAUCUCCAUUGUUUGCUCCGAUAAAUCAACCACUAAUGUUUUUGGUAGACGGUAAAUUGGUUCAUAUUGGUCGGCAUAGUGCUACUGCUACCUAUCGGUAACGAUCAGGAACAUGUUGAACGUUCACUGUCAAGACUUUUUUCUCUGUCUUAUUAGUUUAUGACAAGUAUAUUUUCAAAACUGAGACUAUUUUUGUUGCCUUUAUUUAACUUUACAAGUAAGUUGGAAUUUCUGGAACCGUUGACGAUAUUCUUAAUGAAUAAUACACUGUUUACACCACCACUAUACCAACACUCACGAUUACACUGUCUGACGCGGAUUUCAACAACCUUUACCUUCAGUCUCGUGCAGACGAUAACUUGGUUAUCAAACGCGCGUCAGACAGUGUAAUUGUGAGUAUUGGUGUGUAUUCAGUAUGAACUUAACAGUGUUACAUUAAAUGGUAAAUGCAGUUUUAGAAACUAUUCAAAUGGCAUUAUACAAUAGAUUCGUUUCAACAACCUUCAAAUGUAGACCAAAAUUGUUUAAAGCAUGCGCAUAUCCAACUGAGCGUUUCACUAACAAUCGAUUAAAUUUCCGAUUGGAAUGUUCAAUGUCCCAGCAAACAUUCGAACUGAUUCAUAGCAAUUCUUGGAUCCUCAUAAUAAAAAUUUAUUUUUCUUUAAAUCGGCGUUUACGUUUUGUGUAGAACGAAAUACUCAACAUAAAUCAAUAAAAAAGGUAUAUUCGAUCAAUGUAAAAAAUAAGGGAUUUCUAGGUUAUAUUAUUUUUAUUCAUAGGCUGAAAGCUAAUUAUAUAAUGAGAUAACACCACACGAUUGCAGAGUGAAAUGUGCAAAGGAUGAUGAAUCAGGGAGGUGCUGAAAGAUGGCAACCAGGCAUAAGAGAGAAAGCGCUAUAUUUUUGCACAAUGCAAAUUGUUUCAAAGUACUUUCUAGAGCGCAGUUAAUACAUUUCCUAUACGCUAGAAACUUUUUCCACCUUGCAACAUGUCGACAAAUUCGCGAGAAUAUGGCUUACCUCUCAUAAGGAGCCGAAAUUUAAAUUGUGGCAACAUAUUUUCUUGGUCGCCAAUAGUCGAAUCCCCCAAUGCAAGAAAUUAUUUUUACCCUCAAACAUGUCGAUAGAUCCGCGGCAGCCCGUGAGAACAUAACUCAUCCCCUAUGAAGGGAUGAAAAUUAAACCCUGUGUCAUGUUAUCGCGGCUCUCUCAAUAUGUUUGGUGAAAAAUUUUUCUGGAGUGUAGGGAUUUGAGAAUCUUCAUCAUAAAAAAUAAAUAACAAUUAGCAGUGAGCGAAUAUAUAGCGUUUUCUCCCUUAUAAGUUGCGUUAGCAAUGAAUAAGCGUUGCUUGGGAAUCUUUUACAAUUUCAGUCAAUAUCUCUUAGUCUACAACAUUCUUAUUUCAAAUAGUUUGCGAUAGAAAAAUUUUAUAAGUAUAUUUUUCAUUUCCUCUUAUAAAUUUAAGUCUUAAAAUAUGAGGAUGAUAAGAUUUAAGUGCAAAAAACAAUAUUUUAUUCAAUUUUUCAUCCUACUAAACUGUUUUUAGAUUAUAAUUAUUUUUUUUUUGGUUGCAUUCUAAUAUUUUAAAAUUCUGUUCAAUAAGUUUAUUUUUGUUUUGUUUUGAACACAAUAACUGUAUAAUGAAAUAUCAGGAAAGGUACAUCAAUACAAAGAGAGCUUAGAAGAAAUAAACAACCAAACUAAAAAAUACUAAACAACUUUGGAAUUUACAAAACACUUCAAAAAUAUAACUUCGAAACAUAUCAAAGUUUUGAGAAGUUAGAUGAUUCUCAUUAUCUUUUAUUUUGAAUUUUCACAUUGUUUGUUUAUGUUUUGUGUUUCAACUUAGUCCUUGUUAUUUUGGAUUCUAUCGAUUUUUUGUUGGCUUUAAAAUAGACGGACGCAUUAUAUAUCAGCAAGUAUAUGACUUACCAGAAAACUAAAAUCUUGAAUGGGUCAUGCUUUGAUUGAUCGUUUCAAAAUCAUACAUUAGUUUCGAAAAAAAAAAAGACGAUUUCAACUAGUAUACGCCGCAAUAGUAUGAUGUCGAAAGUCAUUGUAUAUUAAUAUUUUGAUUCCAAACAAAUAAUGGAUUCAAAAAAUGCUACAGCUCUUAUGCAUUCUGAAAUAAACUCGUCAUGACAACGAGUGAAAUCAAUUUUCUUUAAAAUAUUGUGUACUUCAAACAAUUACUACAACUUUUCACUGGUGGUUUCAAUAUUGCAAUUAUUUGAAUUUAUUAGUAUAGUGAUCUAGAUAUAGAUGUGAAUUUUAAAAUAUCAAAUCAAUAUAUAUUGUGAGAAAUUUUCUUGUACGUACGAAAAAAUAGUUAUUUGGAUUCCUUUCAAAUAACUGACCAAAAUGAAACUUUCUGUUAACUAAAUACCUUUUACAGUCACUUUUUUUAAUUGAUUAGCAGUUUUAAUAACUUUUUUUACAGAGUAUAGUAUGUUACAAAGUUUUUGGUAUCCUUUCAUUGAGUUGAUUGUGAAGUGUUGAUGUUAGUAAAAUAUCAAUUAUCAAUUUCACAUCAGAUAUAUCGUAAUUUGACUGAAUUAACACAUAACCUUUCGAUUGAACUGUUAUUUGUAAAAUAUUUAUUAAUUCACGGGUUUUCAAAAUACAAAGCUCAAUUAUUCUAGAUAGAUUGAUAAUCGAAAAUCUAUUUUUUUCAUACUGUACUUCACAGUACUAAUUUGAUUCCAGGAAAUAGCACUUACUACGGUAUGAUUUUCAUCAGCACUUUUUACCUCGAAUUCCGAAGACUUAAUUGGAAUAAUUUGCCCUACUGCUUCCGCACGUUUCUCAGCAAUUCUAUUUGAAUUAUCAACCAUUCUUAGGGAAAAUAUUUUUUAUAUUUCCAAAAAUUCAAUAUGUAUACAUUUGUUUACAAUGUUACCUUAGUGACUUCUGUUAAUUUUUAUUUUUUUAAAUAAUAAAACAAUAAUCAAAAGAGUUAUUUUUCAGUAAAAUUGUCAAAUAUGACAUUUCAUAUUUUAAUAUAAUUUUGCUUUUCAUUUAAAACUGAAAACAGUCAGUAUGAAAAAAAACAUAUUACGAUAUACGUCCGUAAAGUUAUUAUUACGGUACUCAAUUAAAUAUUCUAGAGUCGGCUUCUUCGGCGUCUCUUCCAUAAACAUCUAACUCGUACCGUACUAAAUCACUACCUGUACUUAUAACGUAAAUAACUAUUCCCUAACAGGAAAUGAUAAAAUAUCAGCGAAAACUUUCACCAUUCCUUAAAAAUGUAUAUUAUUGGGAACGUGGCAAUGAAACACCAAAGUACACUAAUUUUAAUAUAUUUUCUGAGCUUUCGAAUACUUAUGUAUUUAUCGUCUGGGAAAUAAUUAAUUGGGAUUUGUGGAAACUUUGAUUAAUAAAAUUAAGGUAUUAAACAGUAGUCAAAAGUCUCACAAUAUAUAUUGAUAAUUAUAUAGAUAUAAUUAAUCAAAAUAACGUUAAAUUUUUAUACACAAAAUUAUAGUUAUUAAGUUUGUAAUAUAUGUUUAUGAGAGAACUUUUGGAACAAUUUUAUAAUGAUUAUUUACUUUGACUGAUUAAUUAACUAGAUGAUAGUCCCUUAGUCGUUGUACCAAAGAAGCAAUCACUGUCAAAAAAACUAAUCAAAAUCCCUUUCCCCACUAACUGUUAACAGCGUGUAUGAUAAUUCAAAUUCCAUUUGAAAAAUAAAAAAAAGCUAUAUUGAAA